UUAGUUCCUUCGACUGGAUGAAUCUUAGCGAUGGAAUAAUUAAGUCAUAGUUUUUCGGUUGAUUGUAUCAUUAAGUAUCAUUAACUCUUUUUUUUUGGUACGAGGAAUUUAUCAUGAAUCCACUGAUUUCUGCCGCUUCUGUGAUUGCUGCUGGGUUGGCCGUCGGUCUUGCUUCUAUUGGACCCGGGGUUGGUCAAGGGACUGCUGCGGGUCAAGCUGUAGAAGGCAUUGCGAGACAGCCCGAGGCAGAGGGAAAAAUACGAGGGACUUUAUUGCUUAGUCUGGCUUUUAUGGAAGCUUUAACAAUUUAUGGAUUAGUUGUAGCAUUAGCGCUUUUAUUUGCGAAUCCUUUUGUUUAAUAUUUCAUCUUAAUCCUAUAAGAAAAAUACGUAUUUUUCUUAUUGUUCUGGGCUUGAUGCUUCCUUUUUCGAAUUAAUAUCAAGAGUUAACUACUACAAUUACUUUUAUUCGUUGGGACAAUAACCCAUGGGAAGGAAUGAUUUGAGGAUGAGGAAUUAGUGAUUCACUUUCGUCCUUCCCCCUCGAUUUAUUCCUUCCCCUUCUUAUUCCAAUAGACCCCUUUUUGAGGUGGAAGAGCAAAAUUAUUCAAAAAAAAGUCGACAAAUAGAGAAUUAGUCUAUUUUAUCUAUAAAAGGAGAUCAUAUGAAAAAUGUAACCGAUUCUUUCCUUUUCGUGGGUCACUGGCCAUACGCCGGGAGUUUCGGGUUUAAUACCGAUAUUUUAGCAACAAAUCCAAUAAAUCUAAGCGUAGUCCUUGGUGUAUUGAUUUUUUUUGG